AUGAAGCAGCAAAGCAGUCUUCUAACAGUAGAACGACACAUGAAAAUUUCGAAAAAAGAGCUGGAGUUCAAUCCGCCUAAAAUUAUUCCAAACAAGCAUAGCCAGACACCUCUUAUUUCACAGCUAUCGAAUUCCUCGGCUGAUUUUAAAAUUAAAGGAACUAUCAGGAAAUCAAACCCAUACUCUUCUUAUAUAUCGAGAAUUAAGCUGCCAGUUUUGAAAUCAGAUACAAGAAAGACAAAGCAUAUUACGCGAUCUGAAUCUAGCUCACCGAAUACGAGAUCAUGCAACUCGUUUCACAGGUCUCGAAUUGGUUCUAAAGACUUAAGAAUACCGAAUAAUUUCCCUGAUCUUUCGAUUGAUUUGCAAAAGAAGCCGGCUGAUAUUGUCAAAAAGAUUUCAGAAGAUAGUGGCAUGAAAUCAAUUCAAUUAUUAAAUUGGAAUACAUAAAAAACCUUAAAUUUUUAAUAGUUAAAUAAUUUAUAAAAAUAAUUAUAUAAGGGGCUUUAUCUUGAAAGGAUAUAGAGUCAUUAAAUUUCGAUAGAAAAAAACCUGAAAUUAUAAAACCUCUAGAAACUAAAGCAAUAAAGCAAAUUUAUCCACUGAUAAGCGACAAAAGUACUCGCGAGUUCAUACCACUUUCUUCGGAUAGAACUUAUGAAGUAAGAUCAAAGGCAGAGACGCCAUCUCUAGCUUCUACCAAGCAGUCUAUCCGAAGGCCAGUUUUCAGUAUCCGAAAAUCUAAAGCAAAUUUAGAUAUUUCAGACCAUGAAAUCGAAAAUAAUGAUUCAGUUAUAGAAGGAUCUAAGAUAAUAACAUCUACCACAAAUAUAUCAUUUGUGUCUAAAGUUCCAUUAAAGCAGCACAAAUUUGACCCUUCUUUUGCAAAUCUGUUUAGCUUGGAACCGACAGCAUCUUCUCCUGAAUUUAAUACUCCAAAUAAGCUUAAUGAUAUUGAAAGCAUUUCUAAAUUCAUAAAGCUUGAGCCUCACAGAUUUGCAAUUGAAUUUAAUUCUUUAAGAAAAAUAAGGAGUCAAAACACAAAAAGGUCAAGAGUAAAGAGACUCAUGAUGUAA